UGGCCGUUGUUCCGGGCUGGAGCAGAGCCCAGCUAAAUUUAGAGGGAUCGAUUUCAACCCCUCGCCUGUGCCCCGCGGGGGGAAAGGACAGAGCAAAGGUGGCCGGGGACGAGGAGCCACGGGGGGCUCCCUUCUCUGUCCCCUGGAGGGGCUCGUGGGACCCCAAAUUCAUCCAUCAGCAGGACCAUGGAGGAGCCCAGGGGGGCUGGAAUUUUCCUGGGUCGUGCCACGGGUUUCUGUGGCCGCCACUCGGGGCAGAGCUCGUGACAAGGACGCGGGGAAGGAGCUCCCUGAGGAGGCUGAUCCAGGGGAGCUGCUGGUGGGUGAGAGACCCCCCCCAAGCUCUGCAUGGAUGGGAAUGGGGAGAGCUGCCCACAGUAGGAGCUCAGGGCAGCUGGAGAACCCCGACCUCUUCCUCCGAGCGUUCCUGCUCCUCUUCCUCCUCAGGCAUGUCUCUUCCCAGUGCAAAAUCCUCCGCUGCAACUCGGAGUACGUGGCGGCCACGCUGCACCUGCGGGGGCCCGAGCGCGGCGCCGCCUUCUGCACCGCGCUGCGCUCCUACUCGCUGUGCACCCGCCGCACCGCCCGCACCUGCCGCGGCGACCUGGCCUUCCACUCGGCCGUGCACGGCAUCGAGGACCUCAUGAUCCAGAACAACUGCUCCAAGGAAGGGCCCACGGCACCGCCACGGCCACGGCCGGCGGCGCCCAACGCCGCGCACGGCUUCGAGGCGCUCGACAUCUGCGAUUACGAGAGGAGUUUCCUCUACAAGCACGGCCGGCCCCCCGGUUUCCAGCACUGCGCUGCUUUUGGGGACCCCCACAUCCGAACCUUUCACCACGAUUUCCACACCUGCCGGGUGGAGGGCUCCUGGCCGCUCUUGGACAAUGAUUACUUGUUUGUGCAAGCCACCAGUUCGCCGGUGGCCAAGGGGUCCAACGCGACGGUCACCAGCAAGCUCACCAUCAUCUUCAAAAACAUGAAGGAAUGCAUUGACCAGAAGGUCUACCAGGCCGAGCUGGACAACCUCCCCGCAGCCUUCCAGGACGGCUCGGUGGACGGCGGCGCGCGUCCCGGCGGGAGCAGUUUGUCCAUCCGGGAGCGCAGCCCCGGCCGGCACGUGGAGAUCCGCGCCGGCUACAUCGGCACCACCAUCGCCGUGCGCCAGGCCGGCCGCCAGCUCUCCUUCUCCAUCCGCGCCGCCGAGGAGGUGGCCAGGGCCUUCACGGAGGAGCAGGACCUGCAGCUCUGCGUGGGUGGCUGUCCCCGCAGCCAGCGCAUGUCCCGCAGCCCCCGCGGGCGCGGCCGCGUCCCGGCGGAGACGGCGCGGGCGCUCUGCCGGGAGAUGCUGCCCGUGGAGGACGUCUACUUCCAGUCGUGUGUCUUCGACGUGGUCACCUCAGGGGAUGCCAACUUCACCAUGGCAGCGCACGGGGCGCUGGAGGAUGCUCGGCUCUUCCUGCCCGAUGCUGAGAAGCUCCACAUCUUCCAGGCUGGGGGAGGCUGCCGGCUCAGCUCUCCAUCGCUUCUCCUCCUCCUCUUCUUCCUCCCGUGUGGACUUUGGGCUGUUUUGUUGCACUUUUAAGCCCUGCCUGCUCCGUAGGGAACCUGUGAGAGAUGCUGGCUCCACCUUGGAGGUUCCUCACCUUGAAGGAGGUGUCUCAGAGACCCAAGAGAGGCACCCCUGGUUUGCACCCGCCGGUCUCACAUGGAUGGUGCAGCUGCUCCCAGCUCCUCUCCUGAAGGCAGUUCCAGAUUUCUCUGUUCCAUUCUGACAUGUUCCUUUUCCCCUGAGGAUUUGGCAUUGCGGUGCAUCGAAGAAAAAUAAACCCCCAGGGUUAGCAACCCCCUCUGUCCCUCA